CACUGCAUGUACGUCAUUUCCGGGUAUUUAGACGCACGGAUGUGAAUCCGGGGGCAAAAUGACCUCAGCUGGAGCAGUAAACAAAUAGCUUUAUUUUCUAUUGGCGCAGAUUAAGGACAAAUUCGCGUAUUAUAGGCGACUCUUGAGACUAUUAGGCGUGAGGUUUUUGUUUUUAAAUCAUCAUGGCGGGUUUGUUUUCGUGUUGUUUGGACUGCUGUGAUCGCGGAAGCUCUGGCCACGUCGCGCUGAAAGAAAUGCCCACAGUGCAGCUGGACACUAAUCACAUGGGCUCUGAUGUCGUUAUUGUAAAAAGUGGUAGAAGAAUAUGUGGCACAGGGGCCUGCCUGGCAAACGCUCCUCUCCAUCAAAACAAGAGCUACUUUGAGUUCAAGAUUCAGUCCACAGGUGUUUGGGGCGUAGGGGUGGCUACACAGAAAGCUAACCUUAACCAAGUCCCAAUGGGCAGAGACACACACAGCCUGGUGCUUCGGCAAGAUGGAACCGUGUACCAUAAUAACGAGGAGAAGAACCGGUUACCGGCUAACAGCCUGCCACAGGAAGGAGAUGUAGUGGGUGUUUCGUACGACCACGUAGAGAUGAAUUUAUACCUGAACGGGAAGAACAUGAACUGUCCAGCAUCAGGCAUUCGAGGAACUGUUUUCCCUGUAGUAUAUGUGGACGACAGUGCAAUUUUGGAUUGUCAGUUUAGUGACUUCUACCAUCCUCCUCCUCAAGGCUACCAAAAGAUUCUUUUUGAGCAGCAGAUCUUCUGAUCCUCAGGAGACUCUGAGCACAUCAGCUUUCCAGACAGCAGUCCUCGUGUCUAUUCCCACUACUACGUCUCUGGGGAAGUCAGGCGGUGGAAAUGACGUGCUUGUGAUUAUGUGGCUGACGCUUCACUCUGCCGGUUCAAAAGUGCAACUGACCAGUGUUAUAUCUUCAGUAAUUUCUUUAAUGAUGUAGAAUCGAUCCUUGUUGGCAGUCAGAACACUCCAACUUUGCCCUAAUUUAUGUUUUACAGGAAAUCAUUAUUAGGACUCUAAUUUGUAUGUCUGCACAAAAUUCUCCAAAUUCAUCGCACUUUGUUUUGGAUUACAAAUAAUGUGCUGCUUUAAAAAAAGGAUGCAUUUAAACAAUACUCUAAUCUGAUCUGAUCUUAUUAUAAAUUCUUCCUCUAAAUGAGGUUGUAAAUCAGGGUCAAUUGACAUGACACAGUACAACUGACCUGCAGUAAAAUGUGAAAUGUAUUUGCAAUGUUAGGGAAAUUUCCAAAUUUGGAAUCAUAUUUUGUGCCUAUUUAUGCGUUACUGACUCUUUUUGAACAAAAAUCUCUACUGCAUUAGUACAAAACAAGCCAUGUCUUAAUUUAAGCUUUUUCUUGAACAGUACGUGUAUGUGAGAAACAUAUGGUUUUACCAAAUAUCAUAAGAUGGUAGUAUCAGUUAAAUCACUACAUAUUGUCUAAUAUUUGUGUUUUUGUUCAUGUCUUUAUAAAUUUGCUUGACUAAUGCAACUAACAUAAUGUAAUAAAGAAAUUUAAGCUGUAAAGGUUGCAGGACAAAAGCUGUGCCUAUCAACUAUAUGGUCUACUAUAUUUGGUUUUAAGUUAUUUGGGUUUUUUUUUUGUUUGUUUUGCUGUUCUUGUUGUAAAACACCUUAUUUUAAAGUGACCCUAAGAUACUGUCUGCACUGAUUAGUCAGGUGUUGUUUGUGUGAUGUGUGUUAGGACAGUAAUAAAAAUAUUGAUCUUUGUUA